GGACCCGGGCCAACCUCCUUGGUCCAUUGCAACCGCAGAUCUCACAAACGGAAGAGAUACGGGAUAUUCAUCUACCUAUAUCAUUUUUGGAGAACGAUCUCUCACUACCGUAUUCUGUUGUACACCAGUGAACGUCUGUGCCGUAAUUGAAACUCGAAAAUUCAUUCGAAUUACGAUAAAUUCAUCUAUAAUUUUACGUACACCACCAAAGUGCAGGCGAAUUAAAUCACUUCGAAUUUAAAUCCGAAGUGAAUUUUAAUACAAAAAAUUUUGAGAUCACAUUCGACCUACAGGAAAAUUCUGAAACAGUCGAGAUGGCACGCUGCACGAUGACUCUUGUGAUCUUCCUUCUUUCCAUGAUGACUUUGUCGCUGGCUCAGACAUUUCAAUACAGUCGGGGUUGGACGAACGGUAAACGGGGUGGUCACCCGUCUCAAGUUUUGGGUGGACUCCAAGAUUUCGGUUCAUCUUCUUCCGGGGUUCAGGUACCCGCUGGAAACCAAAUAGCGGACCUGCCGACGCCUUGUCAACUUCAAAAGCUCAAAAUGCUCCUGCGUGGAACCGCUGCGACCGAUCAGCUCUACCUUGUACCGUGCGAAGUUCUCAGUCAAUCCGGAGCGGCUCCAUCGAUUCCCGAAUUCGCAUCCGUGGGACGUUUUCGACGUUCGACCAACCUCGAGGAUAACGACAACGGCUAUUAAGAAUUUAUAUCGUGUAUCAUAAUAUACCCAUACUACCUACUGUCCGAUGCGUAUGUCGCGCCUAUUAAUUUCAUUGAUAUUGUACAAUUAUAUUUUAAAGUAUAAAUAAAACUAACGGAUUGCUAUA